AUGAAAGGUUUAAAUUAUAAAAGCACAUAAACCUAUAGUUACGAAAAAUCGAAUGAAGAAAUGAAAAGAAUAUUAGAAUAUGAUGGACUAAAGAAUUGGUAAUUAAAUGAUGAUUGCAAGAUUGUUGAAUAUACAAUUGAUCAUUCAAUGUAAAUGACAUUAAGUUUAUUAAUUUAUUUACAAGAAAUUAAAUUCAUACGAUUAACUAUUGCUUAAAAUAUUUAAUUGUGUUUAGCUAUUUUGAACAAAUAUUAAGAACUUUAAAAAUAAAAUAUUUAACAUAAUUAUUUAAGUUCUGAUAGAAUUUUAAUAAAUCUAACAGACAAAUAACAUUAAAUUACUAUAUUCCCAGAAAAGUUAGUUUAUACAAUACAUUUUCUUGGAUAUGAUUGUCCUUUUUAUGAAAGAGACAAUUAUAAAGAUAGUAAAAAAAAAGAUGAUUAAUCUAUUAAGGAAAUCAUAAUUAACAUUAUUUAACUUAGUAAAAAAUAAAAGUUUGAUUGA